AUGAAGUCCACCCUUCUCGCAGCAGCCCUAAGUAGUUUUCUUGCUCUUUCGAAUGGAUACGCACUGGAUGUCGACGAGGCUGCUAUUGAAAUAUUCCAGAAUGCCCGUCGAGCACUUCCCAAUUCUCCCCGAGGGUACACGCCCUCUAAAGUAGAUUGCCCUCGAGAUGCGCCGUCCGUACGAUCCGCUUCGUCACUCUCUCCGAACGAGACGGCAUGGCUGGAGAAGCGAAGGAACAACACAAUCACACCCAUGCGGACAUUGUUGAGCCGAUUAAACAUCACAGACUUUGAUGCAGGGCAAUACAUUGACAACCAUGCUCAGAAUGCUUCUGCUCUCCCGAAUAUUGGUAUCGCCGUGUCAGGAGGUGGCUGGCGAGCGUUGAUGAAUGGGGCGGGCGCUCUGAAAGCGUUUGAUUCUCGGACGCCAAAUAACACGGGCGACGGAAAACUUGGUGGACUGCUACAAUCUGCCACAUAUCUGUCGGGACUUAGCGGCGGAGGCUGGCUUGUUGGAUCACUGUUCAUGAACAAUUACUCUACGGUCGGUGCGUUGCAAGCAGAUGACAGUGGUUCGGUUUGGGAGUUUGGGAACUCUGUCUUUGAGGGACCCGAAUCUGGGAGCAUCCAGCUCUUCAGUACGGCUGAAUACUAUGGUCACCUGGUCAGCGACGUCGGGGGCAAAGAGGAUGCGGGAUUCGACCUCUCUCUCACGGAUAUUUGGGGUCGAGCCUUGUCAUUCCAGCUCAUUAACGCCACGGACGGUGGGCCAGCAUACACCUUCUCGUCGAUCGCCAUUUCGCAACCGUUCAUCGACGCAGAUUCCCCGUUCCCUAUCCUGGUCGCCGAUGCUCGAGCUCCUGGAGAAACUUUGAUUGGCGGAAAUGCGACCGUAUACGAGUUCAACCCGUUUGAGAUGGGCUCCUGGGAUCCCACCUCGUAUGGCUUUGUGCCCACCCAGUACUUGGGCACCAAUUUUACAGCUGGCCGCGUGCCCGACGAUGAUCGGUGUGUAGUUGGAUUCGACAAUGGUGGUUAUAUCAUGGGGACAUCGUCUAGCCUCUUCAACCAAUUCCUUCUCCAGCUGAACUCGACCGAUAUACCAGACAGCUUGAGAAGUCUGUUCGCCGAUAUCCUAGGAGGCCUCGACCAGGACAACGACGAUAUCGCUGACUACACGCCAAACCCGUUCUUCCAUUACAACCCCGAGACCAAUCCUUCGGCCAACUCGACCCGCCUUACUCUCGUCGAUGGAGGCGAAGAUCUGCAAAAUAUCCCCUUGCAUCCAUUGAUCCAGCCCAACCGAAAUGUCGAUGUCAUCUUUGCUGUCGACUCAUCGGCAGACACGAAUGAUAACUGGCCCAACGCCACAGCUUUGGUCGCCACCUACGAACGAUCUCUGACUGAUCUUGCGAACAACACCGUCUUUCCCAGUAUUCCUGACCAGAACACCAUUGUCAAUUUGGGUCUCAACACGCAUCCGACCUUUUUCGGCUGCGAUGUGUCCAAUUUUACCGAAGGCGCACACAUUCCACCGUUGAUUGUCUACAUUCCCAAUUCACCAUAUAUCACAUACAGCAAUCAACCUACCUUCACCUUCUCCACCAACAACACAUACCGCGACGCCAUUAUUCUCAACGGUCAAGACGUAGCCACAAUGGGCAAUGGUACGGUGGACGAGACAUGGCCUACAUGCGUUGGCUGUGCCAUUUUGAGCCGAAGUCUGGACCGCACAGGCACCGAGGUCCCGGAAGUCUGCCAGCAGUGCUUCAACCACUUUUGCUGGAAUGGUACGAUUGACUCUUCGGAGCCGGCACCGUAUGAGCCGACACCCAUACUCGCCCAGGUGGAUCUUUCAAGCAAAGGGAUUUCAUCAAAGUUAUUCAAUCGCUGGACCGCGGGAGUCGCUAUUGUAAUGGCUAUUGCUCCAUCACUAUGA